AACUAGAGCUUACAAUUGCACUAUGUCUAAGAAGAGAAAAUUGCUGGAACCAUGUCUCACAGCGCCUGUCAAUAAAAGAAAGUCUCUGCUAAUGAAACCUCAACACUAUGAUCCAAGUGAAGACUUUGAUGAAGACAACGAGGAUAAAUCAGAUUUUCUAAGCUAUAAACUCUUUAAAAAAAAGUGUAGUAACUCCAUGGGAGGAAUGGUCUUGCAUUCAGCUAGCGUGGAGCCUCAUUCAACAGAGGAAAAACUUUGCUAUCAAGAUAUUAUCCUUAAUGCCUCAAUAUUAAGUAAUGCAGCAAAAGAAACAAUAAUGCAUCCAUUGAAUGAUAUUCUUAAUGACAAUGGAACUCAAUCAGUAAAAACAGACACUGUUGAUAGACAAGAUAAUUAUUGUGACCAGUCCUCCAAGCACAAAGAUCACCCAGUAUUUUCAUCUGAUGACACUAAUAGUAAUUUUGAAAUAAAUGAAAACGGGUGGGAGAGUUCUUCCAGUUUCUCUGAAGAAAUGAAUACAAAUGAUCACUCAGCAGAUAAAUACAGUAAAAACAUAAAAAAUAACCCCACAGUGGAUAUAAAAAAAAGAAGCACAGACAUGGGAGAUGUCUGUGAAAAACAAAGUAACCUGACAAUAAAAUUAACAGAGCAAGAAGACAGCAAAAUCCAGCAUCCCAAGUUUGAAAAUGAAGAGGAUGAUAAAUGUUUAUCUGUUUUAAAAGAGAAAUGUGUUGAUUUAGAUAAUUCAAAAGGGAGCUUGACCCUGCUUGAACAUGCAAUAGCCUUACAAGCAGAGCAAGGUCACAUGAUUCACAGCCCAUACAAGGAGCUAGACGUGUUUCUUUUGGAACAUUUAGCAAGAGAAAGAAGAGAAACAAAAAUACUAGACAUAGCUGGAAGACAAAUACAUAGCAACAAAAAUUCUUCCCAUCUUGAAAAACGUGAGACAAAGUGUCCAAUUCCAGGAUGUGAUGGCUCAGGUCAUGUAACAGGACUGUACCCUCACCACCGCAGUCUUUCUGGAUGUCCUCAUAAAGUUAGAGUGCCUUUAGAAAUCCUGGCCAUGCAUGAAAAUGUUCUAAAGUGUCCAACACCAGGAUGCAAUGGAAGAGGGCAUGUUAACAGCAAUCGCAAUACACAUAGGAGUCUUUCAGGCUGUCCAAUUGCCGCUGCUGAAAAACUCUCAAAACCACAAGAACAGCAAUUAUCUUCCAAUGGUGGUACCAAUACUGAACCAAUUCACAGAGCAACUUGUGUAAAACAUCUUGAGGUAACACAGUUCAGAUAUGGAGCAACACAACCAGUUACCACAGCACAAGCAACUAUUAUUAAAGAGCAUGACAAAUUUGGGAAAGUUCCAUUUGACUAUGCCAGCUUUGAUGCACAAGUUUUUGGCAAACGGACAAUUGCUGCGCUUGUUCACAGCCAAGAAUCUAACUGUAGUGGAGCAAAACAGCACACAAGUUCAGCGAAAUCUUCCAAUCGACUGCAUAGCGUUCACACUCAGAGUCCAUGUCAUGCCAGCUCUUACAACUAUGGUCAGUGUAGUGAAGACACCCACAUAGCAGCAGCUGCUGCUAUCUUCAACCUUUCCACCCGCUGCAGGGAAGCAGCAGCAGAGAUCCUGUCCAACAAACCACUGAGUCUCUCUGCCAAGGCAACAGACAUUAAAGUUGAUGAACACGGCACAUUAGAUUUAAGCAUGAAGAAGAAUCGAUUAAAUGAGAAGGCUGGUACCUUUGGCAUUUCAAAACCCAUCCUGUCAACACCUUCUUUGUCACCCUUCAAAACAAGUAGCAUUUUAGUCAACGCAGCCUUCUAUAAAGCCCUUUGCGAAAAGGAGGGUUGGGAUGCCCCCAUUAACUACAGCAAAGUCCACGGCACAAUUGAGUAUGUUAAAGAGCCAGACCUUGGGGAUUAUUCAGAUAACACAGAUGAAACAAAAUACUCAGGAGAUUCCUCUUUGUCAAGUCCUAAAAGCAAGUUCCAUUCCAGAGAAAUGAAGAAGGAAUUGAUUGCUUGUCCAACUCCAGGAUGUGAUGGCAGUGGUCAUGUAACAGGAAACUAUGCUUCACAUCGCAGUGUUUCUGGGUGCCCACUGGCUGACAAAACCCUUAAGUGUCUCAUGGCUGCUAACUCUCAGGAGCUUAAGUGCCCAACACCUGGAUGUGAUGGUUCUGGCCAUGUGACAGGAAACUAUGCUUCUCACAGAAGUUUAUCAGGCUGUCCACGUGCAAGGAUAAAUGGUGUCAAACGAUUUGCUAGCAAGGAAGAUACAGAAGACCAGGAACUUAAGUGCCCUGUUUUAGGCUGUGAUGGUCAAGGCCAUAUAUCUGGUAAAUAUACCUCUCAUCGAAGUGCUUCUGGGUGUCCUUUAGCUGCCAAGAGACAGAAAGAAAGUGUCCUGAAUGGCUCUUCAUUGCCCUGGAAACAAAAUAAGCAAGAGCUGCCACACUGUCCACUACCGGGAUGCAAUGGAUUGGGUCAUGUUAAUAAUGUCUUUGUCACCCAUAGAAGUCUGUCUGGAUGCCCCUUGAAUGCACAGGUCAUAAAAAAAGGCAAAACAUCAGAAGAGCUUAUGCCUGUGAUGAUAAAGUCAAGUAAUGGCACAGAAAAUGAAGACAAUAUUCGAAAUUUGGAUGAAGAGAUCAAAGAACUGAAUGAAUCAAAUCUAAAGAUAGAGGCUAACAUGACGGAGCUUCAGACCCAGAUUUCAUCCAUGGAAACAAAUCUGAAAACCAUAGAGGAAGAGAACAAGGUGAUAGAACAGAAUAAUGAAAGCCUUUUAAAAGAGUUGGCUGGUCUUAGCCAAGCUCUUAUCUCAAGUCUUGCCGAUAUUCAGUUUCCACAAAUGGAACCCAUUAGCGAACAUAAUUUUGAAGCCUAUGUAAAUACUCUCACCAAAAUGUAUAGCACAAUGGAGCAAGAUUAUCCCCCAGAAUGCAAGGCUCUUUUGGAAAAUAUCAAACAGGCUGUGAAGGGUAUCCAUGUAUAGUGUUCAACAAACUGCGGGGCAACACAAGUGGUCUGAAGAUAAAAUACCAUUCGGUCUACUUGGAAUUAUUAAUGGGGAUGUCAAUUGGUGUGCUGCAUUAACAACAGUAACAUUGCACUAUUUACUUUCCCAGCUGUCAUAAAAUGUACUAAAAAAACAGCACAUGACUGUUUGAACUAACAGCAAUGCACUUGAGGUGUGUAUUUGGAAUCUGUAUUUCAGCUUAUUUUUUUCCUCUAUUGCACUUUUACUUUUGUAAAGUGAAUGUAAAAAAAAAAGGUGUUUGCAGCUAUUUUUUAUACAUUGUAUUUAUUUCAGAUGGAAG